AUGACACGUCACAAAGAGAUUGAAGAACCAACAAGGACUUCCAGCGAACAUAACGAAAUCAUCAUCAUGAAAACGCACUGGAUACUCAUCGCUCUGGCCACCGCUGUCAGCGUAUUCGCCAUCCCAACCCAGAACUUCCUAGACGCGCCGGUAGACCGCAGCAGCCCGAGUAACGAGACCAUAAAAAUCGUCUACAUCAACCGGGAUUGCUUUUGGAGUGGGAACGCCCCGUAUUGUGCUGGGUCUUGCGAUCCUCCGUAUGUGGAGGUAGAUAGGAACCAGUGUGGAGAUGGCCAGUGCUGCUGGUCAGGCUCCAAGGCGCUUUGCUGCAAGGACGAGUCAAGGUGCAAAUAGACGGACGAAUAGCGAGCGGUGUUGACAAUGACUCAUUCAUUGAGUAGAAAAAUUUGGACUUGGUAGACUGUAGUUGAUCGAAAUUCACCAUAAGACCCCUUGUUUAUUUA